CCCAACCGCCCGCCGCGCCGCCGAGCUCAUGAGGUUCUUGGAGAACCCGGACAAUUUCGACACUCUGUCUGUGGUCUUUAGCAGAUCAACGAGGUUUGGAAGGCUGCAGGGGGUCAAAUGCGCGUUGGCAGGGAGGAACCUGUACAUGAGGUUCACCUGCAGCACUGGUGAUGCCAUGGGGAUGAACAUGAUCUCCAAGGGCGUGCAACAUGUGCUGGACUAUCUAGAGGAGGAUUUCCCUGAUAUGGAUGUCGUCAGCAUCUCAGGCAAUUUUUGUUCUGACAAGAAAUCAGCUGCUGUAAAUUGGAUUGAGGGGCGUGGUAAGUCUGUGGUUUGCGAGGCAAUAAUCAGAGAGGACGUUGUGGAGAAGGUUCUCAAGACCAACGUUCAGUCACUCGUCGAGUUGAAUGUGAUCAAGAACCUUGCUGGUUCAGCUGUUGCUGGAGCUCUUGGGGGUUUCAAUGCCCACGCAAGCAACAUUGUAUCAGCUAUCUUCAUUGCCACUGGUCAGGAUCCUGCACAAAAUGUUGAGAGCUCACAGUGUAUCACGAUGUUGGAAGCUGUAAAUGGUGGCAGAGACCUUCACAUCUCCGUUACUAUGCCAUCCAUUGAGGUGGGCACAGUUGGUGGAGGCACGCAGCUGGCCUCACAGUCGGCCUGCUUGGACCUACUGGGCGUCAAAGGCGCCAACAGGGAAUCCCCGGGAUCGAAUGCUAGGCUGCUCGCCACGGUGGUGGCUGGUGCGGUCCUGGCUGGCGAGCUGUCCCUCAUCUCUGCUCAGGCAGCCGGCCAUCUGGUCCAGAGCCACAUGAAAUACAACAGAUCCAGGAAGGAUAUGUCCAAUUCCGCCGCUUGCUGAAGCGCGUGCAUCACAACUUGGGCCCUUGCCAGAAGCAAAUGGACAAAACGAAAUGUUCGCCGGAUAUAUAAAUCCCCCCUUCACCUUCGUGGGAGUGGACAGCCAAGGAAGGAAAGUUGAUUCCUUGCGUGGAAUGGCAUGGCAAUGCUCAGGAGGUGAAAAGGGAAACCCCGUCGGAUGAACAGUUUGUCUGGAGAUCGGUCAUGGUUUACCAGGAGGAGAAGAGAGCAGCUGUAUUUACCACCCUGUGCUUCCACCCUGGAUGUGGCCUAUUUUUAUUUUCUUGAUGUUGUCCCGCACAGCAGCCGCCCAGUGCGCGUCUUGUUUUGCCCGUCUUGAAUCUUCUGACACCUUCGUUGUUUUUGUCCAAAGCUUACAUUACCCUGUUUCUGUUCCUUUCUGUUACUGCCUCCAGGAAUGCUUGUAGUAGUAACAUUGUAACUAAUUCAGUUUCGUCUGUUUGAUCUUUCUACCCUACCUGUUGCCCUUGGUGUAGUUGGUGGCUCGCUUGUAAAGAAGUUGUGGUCCGUGAUAAUUUUACCCGUUUGUUUUUUGGUUCAA